AUGACUUCAAAGACUAUCAUAUUAACAGGUGCAACCAGGGGAAUUGGCCUGGCGAUAGCCAACUUCCUUCUGAAAGGAUCCGAGAAACAUAACCUAGUAGUGCUUGGUCGAAAUGAAGAAGCUCUUCGCGAGCUCGAGGCGCGUGCACCGUCUCAGGUGAAGCCAUUGGCGGGGGAUUUCUCGAACCUCUCCUUAGGACAGGCAGCCGUUGACCUCGCUCUAUCUACCUUCGGACGCAUCGAUGGUCUGAUCAUCAACCACGGGACACUGGGUGAGGUAAACAGGAUUAUUGAUUGCGACCUGGUCAAUUUUCGAAAGACAUUUGACAUCAACUUCAUCAGCGCCGUUGCUUUGGUCAAAGCAGCGAUUCCAGAGCUGCGGAAGUCAAGAGGUCGUAUUGUGCUCACCUCUUCAGGAGCGGCUGUGAAUGCGUAUUCAAGCUGGCUUAGCUAUGGGAGCUCGAAGGCCUCAACAAAUCAUCUUGCUAUGACCUUGAAAAGCGAAGAACCAGACAUAGUGGCCCUAGCCAUUCGACCUGGAACUGUCGACACGGAGAUGCAAACAUCCUUAAGAAAUGAAUUCGCAAACUUUAUGGACCCUGAAGAUAGGGCGAAGUUCGCGAACCUAAAAAGAGAUGGCAAACUUCUGCGUCCAGAUCAACCUGGAAACGUUAUGGCCAGACUUGUCUUGAAUGCGCCGACCAAGCUUAGUGGACAGUUCUUGAGCUGGAAUGAUGCAUCGUUGAAGGACUUUCAGGACUAA